AUGUCUCUUAUUCUUUUAUGGAUUAUUCUAUUAUCGGAAUUUUUAUGUGAAGCUUUAGUCCAAAUUGAUAUACCAACAAUGGUUAACGGUUCUUACGAUUCCACUAUAUUAUCAUCAAACUGUUCUCUUCCUUUAAUAUGGUAUUCAGGACCUUUCGAAGAAGGCAUGAUAUGUAACGGAAGUUGUUGUUUAAGUUGUCCUUAUUUGGACAAUUUUUAUCCUGAAAAUGAUAUAAAAAAUGCAUUUGAAAUAUUUGCAAUAUUUGGAAUUAUCUCUUUCUUUUUAAUGUUACUUUUAUCGGUGCUUUUUUUACUUUUGCCAAGUCAAAGAAGAAAUCCUACGGCAAAGCAACUCUUGUUACCUUUGGCAUUGAGUGUCUGUUAUUUUGAAGGUUCAGAGUUCUUUACAAUACAGCAACAAAAUAGUCAGUGCAUCAACAAUAUAAGGAGAGCAAAUUUAGAAAAUCCUAUGUGUAAAACUCAAGCAAUUUUUACUCUUGGUGGAGCGUAUGCAAUAGCAAUUUGUUCCUCACUUUUGAUGAUACAUCUUCAUUUAAUAUCAAUAUGGAAAUCUGACUUUAUAACUAGACAUAUAAAGAUUUUUCACGCGUUAACUAUUAUCAUCACAUUAACUGCUACCAUAUUACCAAUUGUAUUAAAUAAAGUUGAAGCAACCAAUAUUUGUUUUGUUUCUACACAAUACUCCCCAGUUACUUUCAGAGCAAACUGGAGGAGAGAUGAACCUGAUAAUAGAACAACAGUAAGAUUGUCAUUUUUUGAAGCACAACAAACCUUAACACAUGUAAGAAAUAUAAUACGAAUUCAAUGGCGUGCUUCAUUAGGCGCGUUUUUAAUGUUAACUGUUUACUUGGUAAACUGGAUCUUUUACACAUAUAAAUUACCUCAUCUCGGAAAUGAAAUAGAAUCUGAGUGGCUUCAACAAUGGAAUCAAUGUCUUGCAAAUGGAACUCAGUCAACUUGCGCAGUUUAUGCUAAUGAUCAUGUUCCAAGUUAUAAUUGGAUAAUAACAAUAUUAUUCUUUAAUCGAUUUUGUGGUAUUUUAAUAUUUUUUCUUUUUGCUGGAAAAAAGACAAUAUUCAUAGAAUUAUGGGAAUGUGUAACAAGAAAACCAAGACCAACAUCAAUACAUUCUAAUCCAUCAGUUACCGAAAGGAGACGUUCAAAUACGGGGAAUUCAAUGAAAAAGAGAUUAUCUAUUAUUUCAAUAUCAUCAGGACGGGAAAAUACACCUGUAUCAACAUCAUUAAAUUCAAGUUUAAGUGCUCCUUAUCCAACUUCUAUUUUAAUGGGUUCAAAUGAAGAUUAUCCAUUUAAAGUUGAUAAAUCUUCAAAACGUCUUACUUUCUCUUCAUUCACAACUGAUAAUAAUUAUGUAAUUGAACCUGCUAAAACUAGGGAUUCAUUAACAUAUGCUAUAACAAGAUAUAAUGACUCGGUUAAUCAAAAUGAAACGUUCGAUAAUGAACAAGAUUCAUUGGCAGAAAUAAUUGAAAACUAA